UACUGUGCUGGAAAACAAUACAAAUUAAAUAAAAAGAAGAAAAAAUGUAGAAGAAGAAAAGCGGGACAAAGACAGAGUAUUGGGUGACCUACGUUCCUGUGGUGGUGAACAUGACUGCGAGUUCUCCAGAAGAACAAAUGCUGUAUUAUUACAGUGCUCCAGUACAUGUGGUGCCUCCUCAGCAGUACUCAGUCCAUCCCACAGGAUUCAAUACAUGCUACACUCUACUCCCUGAACCUACUACCCCAACAAAUGUGUCUGCUGCAGGGAUGUUCUACUAUAAUGAUCAGGCCGUGUACAACCAGACUCCAUUCCCAAUGGUCCCUCCACUGCAGCAACAUCCAUCUACCAAGAGGAAGAGGAAAACGGAUCGUUGUGUGAGAUCCUAACCAGGACAACAAGGACAUCACGGAGGAGAUCAUAUCAGAAGCUGGCAGGAGUCGGAAGCCCACUCUGCCAGUGGGAAAUGUCUUUUCCGUCCCCAUUUCUCUGCAUUUACCAGCAGAUGAUAAGAUUUAUUUGGGACGGAAUUUCGGGGGACGACGGCUGAACUGGAAGAACGGCUGCGAUGGAGAAACUAGCGCUAGAGCCACAUCCGGAGCAUCAGUAAAACUGGACGCAGUGCCAGACUCGACUACAAACAAGCCUGCGCUAUCAGAGGAGGAAAUGGAGAAACACUCUAAAUCCAUUAUUGAGGAGUUUCUACACAUAAAUGAUUACAAAGAGGUCUCGCAUUGCGUGGAGGAACUGGACCAGGGCGAGAUGCUGUACGUUAUUGUUCGGGUGGGUGUGGAGACCACGCUGGAGCGAAACCAGAUCACACGUGACCACGUGGGUCAUCUGUUCCAUCAGCUGCUGCAGGCUGGGAUCCUCUCCACAUCUCAGUUUUUUAAAGGGUUCUCAGAAACCCUCGAGAUAGCAGAUGAUAUGGCGAUUGACAUUCCUUAUGUAUGGCAGUACAUAGCGGAGCUCGUUAAUCCUGUGCUUCAGGAAGGAGGAAUCUCUUUGAGAGAAUUAUUAAUUGAAUUUAGCAAACCACUACUUCCUGUGGCAAGAGCCGGCAUAUUAUUUGCAGAAAUAUUGCAGCUUCUCUGCAAACAAAUGAGCCAAAAGGAAGUGGAGGCCUUAUGGAGGGACUCUAAACUGAGCUGGGCUGAUUUUCUUCCUGAAACCGUGGAUGGGAACAACUUCAUUACUGAGCAGCCCUGAUGAAGUCUGAUGACCUGAAGAGGGUGGAGCUGAGACUUCAGACAGCAGACGGAC